AUGAUUACUAAUGCGAGCAUCGAUUCCAUGUCGGUGAUUACAAAUGAUUCCGUUUGGAUGACUGUAAGUCUGGUUUUGUUCGAAAAUUUUGGCUGUUUAUUUGCAAUAUAGUCUCUAAUUCCAUUUUUUUAUAAAUUCCACAGAAAUUUCAUAUCAUUCAGAUAUUAUUUUAUCCUCAAUUUUUGCCCAACAUUUUUAUUAGGCUAGGCGAAAUCUCUUCUUCUGGUAGUGAAACUAGCCCCCAUUUGUCCAUAAAAAGGCCUUGUCACUGCUGUGUUUAUAUCUGUGUGCUCUGUUCUCGCCACUAACAAUGUUUUUGACUUGUUUUCGCUCUUCGAGAGUCCACGUUUACAUAAAAAAUCUUACAAAAAGAGAAUUUGAGGGUAUGUUAGAGUCCGAUUUGCAAAUAUUUUUGGAGUUUUAUUGUUAUAAAAAAGUAUAACUGUUCAGAUUUCAAGGGUUUUAUUUGGGGAUUUCAAGGAAAUUUUUGGUGAAAUUAACCUUACAAUAGGUAUAGUUUGAGGUUCAACGCUUUGCUUCAUAUUUGGCGUGAAUCAUCUGUCUAGGCUAGAUAACUAUUGUUGUAGAUUUUAGGUCGCGCAUUGCAGGAAUAGCCGAGAUAGUCACCGCUCUUGUCGGACGAGAGAGUGUGGAAAAUGAGGAGAGAUGGUCAGAGAAAAAAAGUUUUCGGUCGUAUCUUUUGAAAUGUCGCCGAAAACGAUUACGAUUUUCCUCAUGUAAUCUGCGUAGCAUGAUAGAAAUUUUGCAUUGACAACUUCCUGGUACUGAUAAAUUCAUGAAUCUAAUGAAUUCAUUCGCCGCUUUCAAAGUUAUGGGAGCUUGUUUCUAAAAAAAUGGUUUCUGAACCUUUAAAAAUGCCUGGUUAACCUUAUGGUAACUAUUCAAGCUACACCUAUAAACUUACGUAAUUUGCAACAUCUAACCGUCAAAUCGGUCGUUAUAAUUUGCUGUUCUAAAUGUUGGCUGAAUUCCAAAUAUGGCCGCGGAAUCUCGGUGGUUCUUCUAGCCGCCCGCAAGUGUGGGCCCACCAAUUUUUUGGCUUAUUCCAUUGAUUUUCUAACACGAACGAAUAGUAUUUUAUCUAGGAUUCUAUUUUCUAUUUUUUGUUUUCUGCCUUCCCCUUGUAUUAAGUGCUGAUGACUGUUUUUUCCAAAAUUUCCGAAAAGGACCUUUAAUUACUCGACGGUUGGAGCGUGUGAUCUAAGGGUCUGAACUCGCUAUCUUUAGAGUUGUCUCUUUAUCUUUUUAAUUCUUUUUGAAAACAAUUCAGAAAUAGAUGAAAAUUAAUUUUUCGUGGACAACGCCAAGUUCGAGAGGUCAAUUUUCAGCCAUUCUGAAUUUUGAAAAAAUGUGAUUUUUAAAUGAUUGUUUUCAAAAAUUGCAACGAAAGUUGCCAAAGGUGUUUAGUUCGUUCAGAAUUUUAAACAUUUUCCGACCUUUUAAACGUUUUUUUUGAAUUAAAAAACGGGAUUUUUCAUUUUCCAGCGCCGUGAAUGGCGACUUCGCACAUUGUUCCGUCGUAAUCACGCGCGUCGUUUAAUGGAGGCCAACAGAAGUCGGCUUCAUCGGCCCGACUCUUCCCACAGCUCCAGUUCGACGCGAAGGAAAUGCUUCGGCGCCAACUUGGAACCCGCGAUUUUCCUGUACAGUUUUGCCGCCGGCAUUCUGAUCCCCAUCUCGUCCUUGUUUCUGUUUUACGCUCGUUGUGUGGAGAUCCUAAACGAAGAGACUGCGGAGGUGAACAGAAAUUUUUUGAUGAUGGUUUAUUUGGGCAUUCAGAGGAGGUCUUGUAAAAGUUUUUUGAAUUUCAGCUAGGCCUUGACAGCUCCAAUGUCUCUGAAGUUUGUAUGAAUCUGGAUAGGCUAAAUGACACAAGAUUAAUGGAUCAGGUGGAAGCCGAUGUCACACAAUGGAGGAUUUACACGCAGGUAAAAGCGGAUUUAUUAUGCAAGGGAUACUGCAGUGGAGGGAAAUGAUCCAGUGGCAAAAAACGUUCCAUUUUGCAUCCGGGAAGUAUCAAAAAUGUGGUAAAAUGCCUCCCUCUCCAAGUGAAAAAACUUCGAUUUCAAAAGCGAGUCCUCUCUUUUUGUGAGGGAAAGGCAAAACGAAGUUUUUUCACUUGGAGAAGGAAGCAUUUUGCCACAUUUUUGACCCUUCCCGGAUGCAAAAGGAUACGUUUUUUGCCAUUGGAUUGCGCCCGCCACUGUAUGCUUUAUUAAAAAAUGCAAACAUAAGGAGCGAUUUUAAUUUAAUUUUUUUCCGGAGCAAAGGUCUGGAAGGGGGAACUUCUGACAAGGGAAGUACCCCAAGUGUGACGCUCAGAUUUUGAUGAAAUUUGGCACAAUUUCAUGGUAAUUUUUUUGAAAAUAUAUGCGAGAAUCCUAGCUCAUGCUUUGCAGAAACAACCAAGAUUUUUAGAUUAAAAGCCGGCGAAAAUUUGAAGGCUUUUUGCCCAAUUUUGGCACGAAAAGUUUCAACGACUAUUUCUACCAUAGAGGGUAAUGUUUCCACAAAAAAUCUAUUUUUUCCGCACGAAACUAGCAAAGUUAUGGCGAAAAAGGGUUUUCUCUCUGACCGCUCUCCGUGUUUAGUGUACUCUCUCGGCGACAAAGAUCGUUCAAUACCUCGGCGGCGCUUGCAAAGCGCGAGCUAAAACUUUCAUUAAUGGAUAUUUGGUUAAUGAGAGACGUGUGUGCAAAAUUUAGUGAAAAUCUGACCGUCGCACUUGGGGUACUUGCCUUGUAAGUCAGAAUUUGGUAUUAAAAAGUAUCCUUAAGAUACAGCUUCUGGUUUGAGGAGGACGAUUGCUUUCACUUUCAGGUCUGCGCCAACAUAUUUUAAUUUGGCUUAAAAUUGGCCUAAACCCUAGUUAUACCCCUUUGAAUGUUUCGAAUAAAAUUUCAGAUUGUUGCCACAAUCACAGUGGUGAUAAGUUCGCCAAUAAUGGGCGCUUGGGCCGAUUAUUCGGGCCGCCGGAAUCCUAUAAUUGUCUGCGCAUUCGGCGGUGUGAUUUACGUGUUCCUCCAAUUCCUCGACACUUUCAUGAUCGCCAAAAUGAAUGUCUUUUACCUUUGGAUAGCCUCCGAACUGUCAUGCGGAAUGGUUGGAGGGCUCUCCACAUUAAUGUCACAAAGUUUUGCGGUGGUUUCGGAUGAUGCAAGGGCUGAUCAUAGCUUUGUAAGUUUGCAGGCGUUUUGCGUAGACUUUCGAAAUUUUUAAAGGGUAAGGGAAUUCUGCUACAUCAUAGACGAUACUAAUAUAGUAAUUAUUGUCCUUGAGCUACGACUUUGAUCUUUUUUUAUAUUUUGCUUACAAAUUGCGCAUAGGCCACAUAUUGAUUUCCUAGAAUUUUAGCUCUCUCUAAGCGAGAAAAAUAAUAUUUUUGCAGCCUUUACGGACGAGGUAAUGUAUCGGACCUGAUUCAGUACACAAAAAAAACGCAACUUUUUGCAUCCGGGAAGGAUCAAAAACACUGCAAAAUACAUCCUUCUCCAACUAAAAAAUCUCUGUUUUGACGGGCGCGUUUUUGAAAUUGGAGGCUUUAUGAACUCCCGUAAAACGAAAGCCUUCUGUACCGAGAAGUUUCAAACGUCCCAUAAGUCAAUUACAGUGGGGGACCUGAUCCAGUGACAAAAAACAUACUAUUUUGCAUCCGGAAGGUAUCAAAAAUGUGGCGAAAUGCUUCCAAGUGAAAAAACUUCGUUUUGAAGGGCGCGCUUUUGAAAUUGGAGUUUUUUCACUUGGAGAGGGAAGCAUUUUGCCACAUUUUUGAUGCUUCCCGGAUGCAAAAUGGUAUGGUUUUUGCCACUGAAUCAGGUCGCUCACUGUAUAGGCCAUAAUGAACUUCCAUAGAGCAAAAAAAUCAAUAGCAAAUAAUUUUUCGGUCCCUCCCGUUUCGUCGUACAAAGUUUUACUGUAAUUUAAAAAUGAUCAUUUUCGGAGUCAUCAUUCCCAUUUCAGCACUCCGACUCAGUCCCUCUCCGAAUAACAAUCGCAUCGGCGGUGCAGGCCUUUGGUAAUUUGAUGGGCAGUAUGUCCGUAUCGGCCAUUGAGGGAUUGGAGUAUAAGACAGCGGCGGACAAAGUGUUCGCUUACCAAUUGUGCUUCGGGAUGUCCUUAUUCACAAUUUGCUUGGCAUUUUCAUACAUGAUCUUCUUCAUGAGAGACAGUUACAAAGAAGGUAGGUGCCAGAAGUAAAAUUUUGAAAUCUUUGAUCUGAAUUUUUUAGUUAUCGACCGAAACGAGGGAUUAUUGGUAAUUAACGAAGAGGUGGAUGAGAAUGGAGUUCUGAGGGAGGAAUCACCAAGAACUUUUAGUCCGUUUAACUCAAUAAAAGGCUUAUUGGAAGUGGCUUGCAUGAAGAGGGAAGGGUACCUUCGGUUCUGCUUGAACUUUAUUGUGGCCUCGAUCUUCGUGGAAAUGAUGCUGUUUGGUAGGUUUUUACUGAAAAUUGAAGUGUCUUCUAUAUAUGCGGUGAAUUUUGUGCUGGCUUCAAAUUCUUUAUAACGUUACUACAUUACAGUAACGGAAAUGAUCCAGUGGCAAAAAACAUACCAUUUUGUAUCCAGGAAGUAUCAAAAAAAAAGCAGCAAAAUGUCUCCCAUUCCAAUAAAAAAGCUCCGUUUUGAAGGCCUUUCUUCCCAAAAAGAGCGGUCUCGCUCGUGACAUCGGAGUUGUUUCACUUGGAGAGGGAGGUAUUUUGCUACAUUUUUUGAUACUUCCCGUUUGCAAAAUGGUACGUUCUUUGCCACUGGAUCAGGUCUUCCACUGUAUAAACGCGGCCUUUGUCUUCUAUUGAAUCAGAUUUUUAUUGCACUUUUAUGCGACUGCGAGGAUUUCAUCUCGCGCUUUGCAGAAACAACGAAGAUUUUGUCCGAAAGUUAGAAAUUUUGGUUUCCAUUUCAAUGACUUUUCAUUUUGCAAACAAACCUCACUCAGGACCACGAAAUUUUUCGGUCCUUUCCGGUUCGUUGUACAGAGAUUUAAUUCUCCAUUGUCAAACCUCUGUACAAUGCAUCGAAGAGGCACAAAACUACUCACUUGGUCCUGAUAUGGGCCUAUACCUGAUGUGUGUGCAAAAUUUAAAGAAAAUUCGAGCGUCAGGACUUCUUACUUGUAUAAUAAGCCAAAAAAUUUCAGAUACUCAAAUAACAUGCCUGUUCGUGAAACGCCCUCCAUUCGAGUGGUCGGAUGCGACAUUUUCCAACUUUUUCCUGAUGCGCUUCAUCUUCUUGACCUCCGGCAUGGCCCUGUUGCCAUUCAUCAUUCGGCAAAUGAGCUUCUUGGGCCGGGAAUUGUACAUGGUCAUUUUUGGAAUUGGAAGCAAUGUGGCGAUCAACAUGAUCAUGGCAUUUGCGAAGAAUAGUCGGCAACUGUUGUGGAGUAGGCUUUAUUUUUCAAUUUAUAGUCAAAAAGGUCCAAUUUUAAGGGUGAAAAAAAUUCUAAAUUUUGGCACAGUGCAGAUGACAAAGUAUAAAUUUUGAGUUUCGAAAAAUGCUUUUUUGAUUUUUUUUUUCACUUUGAAAAUUGUUAUGUUUAAAACCGAUUUUGCAUAUCUACACGGUGCGGCUGAAACGCAACUUUUUUCUUGCACAGUGCAAAUGACAAAUUGGGUAUAACGCACCGUGAAAAUAAAAAAAGAAAUUUUUUUUUCAUACGAAAAUUCAUGUUCUGAUUUCUUUGCACAGUGCAUGCUAUUUUUAGAUUUUUUCUUGUCCGCACAGUGCAAUUUGCAAUUUCUUUUCUUCGCACAGUGCAGUCGAAAAAAAUCUGCACCGUGCGGAGACAAAAAAAAAUAAAAAAAAAUAAAAAUAAAUUUGCGCACUGUGCGAUCACAUUUUACUUUCCGGAAAGGUCCGUCCGGAAAGUCGCCGAACUGAUUUGGGGCGCUUGCACUGUGCGAAAAAAGUCAGAGUGCGAGCGACACCCGAAAAAAAGCCUAUUGCAAGGUGCAAAAAGCGAGAAAUUGCACAGUGCAAAGAAAACUCUUGUUUUCGCACAGUGCGUGUCGCCGAUUCCAGUCGGGCGACUUUUCGACAGAACAAAUAAAAGAAAAUCCUUUUUUUAGCCGUUCCUCUCUCCUUUCCGGCCGGCGCUAUCGCUCCCGGCUUCCGAAUCCUGUUGCCGAAAUUGGUGCCUCAACAACAGACCUCUCGGAUGUUCUCAAUGGUCACUUGGGUCAUGGUGGUGGGCCCAAUGUUUUCGGCGUUGAUCUUCAACAAUGUUUACAAGGCCACCAUGGCGAGUUGGCCGGGAUUCGUCUUCUUUUUGCAGGGAGUGCUUUGUGCUGGAGUGGUGGUGGGAUUGUGGUAUGUUUAAAAUACGAUUUGAAAAUUUCAAAGAAAAGUUUUUUAGGGUUGUAAAAUACGCAAACACAUCUUUUUGAAAUUUUUCAAAACGCGUUUUAUUACAAAUCGUAGUUUGGCCCGGACAUUGUUAAAAUCAGUGUCUCAGAAUUGAACGAAAAUUGGUCAACUUAAUCACUGAUAGGCACAAAACAUUCGCUUUCUUUGUUUUUGCCCAAAAUUACCGUAUGACGGCAUACUGUAACAUCAUUUUUAAAAAAAGAUAUGCCCUAAUCGAGAAAACGAAGCGCUAUUUCAGCGCAAAUUGAGUUCGGGUAUAUGUUUUCGAUCAUGUAGAACAUUUUUGUAAUUGUCACCGAAAACUAAAAAUUACAUCUAAGCUAUGUUACACUUGAGACAACAUACCAUUUCGGGUAUAAAAAAUGCAGUUCGGACGAGGCGCAGAUUUUGAAACCGGAAUACUAAACUUCAAGCCUCGUCUAACAAACCAUAAAAAUUUCAGAAAGAUCAAAUAUAUAGUUUUUGAGAUAUCGGACAUUCAACGUCUCAUGUGCAAGAUCACCUUGACCCCGAAAAAAACUGGCAUUCUUAGGGUUUUGGCUAGGCGCAGAUUUUGAAAGUUUCCAAUACUUUUUUAUGAGAUUUUAGGGGGAUAUAGAAAGUUUCAGAGGAAAAAAAUGAAUAGUUUUUGAGAAACCGGCCAAAAUACCUUGUUUUAGGUCAUCAGAUGCCCGAAAAAAUCUGGCAUUCUUAGGGUUUUGGCUAGGCGCAGAUUUUGAAAGUUUCCAAUACAUUUUUAUGACAUUUUAGGAGGAUAUAGAAAGUUUCAGAGGAAAAAAAUGAAUAGUUUUUGAGAAACCGGCCAAAAUACCUUGUUUUAGGUCAUCAGAUGCCCGAAAAAAACUGGCAUUCUUAGGGUUUUGGCUAGGCGCAGAUUUUGAAAGUUUCCAAUACUUUUUUAUGAGAUUUUAGGGGGAUAUAGAAAGUUUCAGAGGAAAAAAAUGAAUAGUUUUUGAGAAACCGGCCAAAAUACCUUGUUUUAGGUCAUCAGAUGCCCGAAAAAAUCUGGCAUUCUUAGGGUUUUGGCUAGGCGCAGAUUUUGAAAGUUUCCAAUACAUUUUUAUGACAUUUUAGGAGGAUAUAGAAAGUUUCAGAGGAAAAAAAUGAAUAGUUUUUGAGAAACCGGCCAAAAUACCUUGUUUUAGGUCAUCAGAUGCCCGAAAAAAUCUGGCAUUCUUAGGUUUUUGGCUAGGCGCAGAUUUUGAAAGUUUCCAAUACUUUUUUAUGAGAUUUUAGGGAGAUAUAGAAAGUUUCAGAGGAAAAAAAUGAAUAGUUUUUGAGAAAUCGGCCAAAAUACCUUGUUUUAGGUCAUCAGAUGCCCGAAAAAAUCUGGCAUUCUUAGGUUUUUGGCUAGGCGCAGAUUUUGAAAAUUUCCAAUACAUUUUUAUGACAUUUUAGGAGGAUAUAGAAAGUUUCAGAGGAAAAAAAUGAAUAGUUUUUGAGAAAUCGACCAAAAUACCUUGUUUUAGGUCAUCAGAUGCCCGAAAAAAUCUGGCAUUCUUAGGUUUUUGGCUAGGCGCUGAUUUUGAAAGUUUCCAAUACUUUUUUAUGAGAUUUUAGGGAGAUAUAGAAAGUUUCAGAGGAAAAAAAUGAAUAGUUUUUGAGAAAUCGACCAAAAUACCUUGUUUUAGGUCAUCAGAUGCCCGAAAAAAUCUGGCAUUCUUAGGUUUUUGGCUAGGCGCAGAUUUUGAAAGUUUCCAAUACAUUUUUAUGACAUUUUAGGAGGAAAUAGAAAGUUUCAGUGGAAAAAAGUGAAUAGUUUUUGAGAUAUCGACCAUGGUGAACCUGUUAUAGGUCAAGUUGCUGGAAAAUUCGACCAAUUUUCUUCGGCAUCUCUUUUUUUCCGAGAUAUAUGUGUGUUACUGUUUUUUUCUCCAAAUUGAGGUAUUUUGGCCGAUUUCUCAAAAACUAUUCAUUUUUUUCCUCUGAAACUUUCUAUAUCCUCCUAAAAUGUCAUAAAAAUGUAUUGAAAACUUUCAAAAUCUGCGCCUAGCCAAAAACCUAAGAAUGCCAGAUUUUUUCGGGCAUCUGAUGGCCUAAAACAAGGUAUUUUGGCCGAUUUCUCAAAAACUAUUCAUUUUUUUCCUCUGAAACUUUCUAUAUCCUCCUAAAAUGUCAUAAAAAUGUAUUGGAAACUUUCAAAAUCUGCGCCUAGCCAAAACCCUAAGAAUGCCAGAUUUUUUCGGGCAUCUGAUGACCUAAAACAAGGUAUUUUGGCCGGUUUCUCAAAAACUAUUCAUUUUUUCCUCUGAAACUUUCUAUAUCCUCCUAAAAUGUCAUAAAAAUGUAUUGGAAACUUUCAAAAUCUGCGCCUAGCCAAAAACCUAAGAAUGCCAGAUUUUUUCGGGCAUCUGAUGACCUAAAACAAGGUAUUUUGGCCGGUUUCUCAAAAACUAUUCAUUUUUUCCUCUGAAACUUUCUAUAUCCUCCUAAAAUGUCAUAAAAAUGUAUUGGAAACUUUCAAAAUCUGCGCCUAGCCAAAACCCUAAGAAUGCCAGUUUUUUCGGGGUCAAGGUGAUCUUGCACAUGAGACAUUGAAUGUCCGAUAUCUCAAAAACUAUAUAUUUGAUCUUUCUGAAAUUUUUAUGGUUUGUUAGACGAGGCUUGAAGUUUAGUAUUCCGGUUUCAAAAUCUGCGCCUCGUCCGAACUGCAUUUUUUAUACCCGAAAUGGUAUGUUGUCUCAAGUGUAACAUAGCUUAGAUGUAAUUUUUAGUUUUCGGUGACAAUUACAAAAAUGUUCUACAUGAUCGAAAACAUAUACCCGAACUCAAUUUGCGCUGAAAUAGCGCUUCGUUUUCUCGAUUAGGGCAUAUCUUUUUUAAAAAUGAUGUUACAGUAUGCCGUCAUACGGUAAUUUUGGGCAAAAACAAAGAAAGCGAAUGUUUUGUGCCUAUCAGUGAUUAAGUUGACCAAUUUUCGUUCAAUUCUGAGAUGCCGAUUUUAACAAUGUCCGCCCUCUGUUAGGCUAAGCUCCAAAGUGUGGCAAAACGCGUUUUAAAAACUAAAAUUUUUUUUAUGUCUGUAAAAUACGGAUUGUUUUGAAGAAUUUUUUUAAAUUUUUAAAAUACGGUCUUUCCAACAGACUUUUUUGGCUUAAAAAAUCCGAAAAUUUUUUUAAAAAAAUAUUUGUAAAAUACGGCGAUUAUUUUGUCCAUAAUUUUUUACCUUCAGUAUUGUCCAUUACCUCCUUCGUCCUCUGUGGCAGAGAGAUACAAUCUUAUUGGAUCAAGACCUCCUCCUACCGGUCGAUGAUGACAUUUUGGACGAGGAUCAAGGAAUUGUAUUCAAUCCAGAAUGUGAACGAUCCCUCUCAGUGACGGCUGUAAACUCCGAGGAGGAAGACAGCGCAGAGCGAGCGAGACCUGUGAUAAACAGUAUUUAA